GUAACCAGUAACAAACCGUUGUUUGUUUAUUUACAGCAGCUCGUUGUGUGAAGAAGAUAAUCAAACAUUACAGCCAUGGCGUUACCAUUUCUACCCGGGAAUUCCCGCAAUAAACACCUGGGGAAGGAGAGAUUCCACAAAUCCCAACAUUUUGAUUAUUCAAAUGGAGUCCCGCUGCUGGUGGGAGCUGAGAAGCCAGGCAUCGGAGGAGAGCUGUUAGUUGGCCAGAAUAUUAAACCAAAGUAUUCCGUCUACCCCACAGGACAGGGCAGUGAUUUACCAACAUGGGUAGCCUUUGACAAACAGGCUCUGUGUUUUGACGCACACUGGCAGGAAGCUGUGCCCGAGGCACGAGAUGAGACAUACAGAAUCAGGAAGUGUAAGAUCUUCUUCUACCUGGAAGAUGACACCAUGCAGGUGGUGGAGCCAGAGUGCAAGAACAGUGGCAUCCCUCAAGGAACACUUAUUCGUCGCCAGCGUGUCCCACUGCCUGCCCCAGAUGAUGACCAGUUCUACAACAUUUUCCAUUUCAACAUCAACCAACAGAUGGUGCUGUACUCCCGCACAUUCACUGUGACCAACUGUGACUCUUUUACAAGGAACUUCCUCACAAAACUCGGGGUGCGUCUGAAUAAUCCUGCCACUGUCCCUGACGACCCCUACAGCAACCUCCGUGAACAGAUUGAGAAAAGUAUGAAGCCAUUAAGACCGUACGAGAGGCAUGACACCCUGAAGCAGUUCCUGGACAACGACCACAAAGUCCUGCGCUUCAAUUGCUUCUGGGACGACACAGAAAGUGUGUUCGGGGACCCCCGGGAGCUCAUACUGCACUACUACCUGGCUGAUGACACCGUGGAGAUCCUGGAGAUCAUCUGCCCAAACUCCGGCAGGGAUACGGUGCCCAAAUUCCUACGCCGCAGCAAACUACCGAAGCGUUCAGCCCAGAUGAAGCAGCCUGGACAGAUCACGGAGCGCACAGUGCUCAACGUGUUUGCCUCCACGACUCAGGGAAAACGCUACAUCCUGGACAGCCUCAAUACCGGCGCUGUCCACGAUGAGUUUUAUAUGGACAGUGAUCUGACUGUUGGCGUGGAGGUGAAUGUGUGGGGCAGGACAGUGAUCCUCACUGACUGUGACGACUUCACCAAAGACUACUACCGCUCCAAAUACGGCAUAGAGGACUUCACCCCAGUGCAGUACAAAGCUCCCCCAGGCCCGAAGCCCCCGAGGCCUGUGCCCCCCUACAACGGCUUUGGCUCAGAGGAGGACUCGCUAAGCUCCUGCCAGGGCCUGCUGCCCAAGCCCCCGCAGAAAGAUUUCCACAAGUUUAUGGAGAAAGACAGAUGUGGCUUAGACAGCAAUGUGCUGAAUUUCCGAGCCAAGAUGGUGACCACCGAUCCAGUUGACAGAGAGCGGGUGUUCAUCAUCUCCUUCUACCUCUGCGAUGACGCCAUCAGUGUGUUUGAGCGUCCACAGAGGAACUCAGGUGUGCUUGGUGGUAGGUUUCUGGAGCGUGGUCGUGUAAAGAAGCCAGGCCAGGAGCUGUUUAAGAGCCGGCUGUCUGAGUAUUUUACAGCUCAGGAUCUGUACGUCGGAGCGACCCUCUGCCUCAACAAUAGGCACUUCCAACUUCUGGACACUGAUGAAUACACCUUAAACUACAUGGAGCGACAUGCUGAGGAGUUCCCAAAAGCCAACGUGGGAAACAUCCUCAGUAAACUACGGUCCAUUCAGGAGGAGAAACGGAGCGAAAUCAGGAAGUUCCUGACUCUCAGCGACCCCAGCAACACUGGCUUCAUCCCCUAUGAGUCGUUCAGGGGCCUGCUGACAGGGCUGGACUGCGGUCUGUCGGAGCACGAGGUGCUGGUGCUGUGCCGAUGUUUCUCAGAGAGCGAGCAGCCUGAGGCGGACGUGGGCCUGAUGCUGGCUGUGGCACAGGACUUCCUCAAGAAGAAACACUUUGAAGAUCUCCCUCUCAUGGCCAGAGCCUUCACACACCGCGAUCAACACAAGACCGGUCGUCUCUCCACCAAAGAGACAAGGACUGUCUGUAAGGCCUUCCAGCUCCCCCUGCCUGAGAAGCUGCUCGGGGGUCUGCUCAGCAAGUUUGCAGAGGGGGACGAGAUUGACUACCAUGCCUUCCUGGCUGGCAUUAACUGGGUAGAGCACCUCGCUCUCCCAGUAAUGCCCGAAGACAUCUUAAAGUUUGAUGUGAAUGUGACGAUGGACGACGGUGCAGCUGCAGUGAAACACGUCAACUACUCUUCUCUUCUGAAGGAUGUGUUUAACUUCAACUACGCUGACCCAACAACCAUCACCUCAUAGACACAAGGUGGAACACACACACACUACGUGUUCCUACAUAAAAGAAGAGU